UUUUGUGGGUCAGUGAUGUAAUUCGUGCGAUGCGUGUCUGCGACACGAUUUUUACCCUUUCACGAAGGGAUGGUCGGAUGGGUCGGUUGCAGUUGACGGCCUCGAAUGCGUGUGUCGGUGGUCAUUUCCAUGGCGACCCGUGAUUAACGGUAAACAUUGGGGGUUGAUUGUUUCCCUUGAUUGGUCACGAGGUGUUAAAUUAUAACGGUUGUCGUUUCCAAUGACACGUUGUACUGCGGUAAUUGGAUAAUGGUUAUUGAGUUAGUGCUCUAAUUAUUGAAGAAGGAAUUAUGUCGUUAAAUUUGGUGUUUAAAUUAGUAUAAACCGGCGCAUCCACCAUAAUUUUAACACCACCAAUGUUUGGUGGUAGUAAAAUAAUGGAUUGGGCCUACGGCGGCGUGAACAAAACCGUUCCCAGAAAUGCAGGUCCGGAAUGUGCCCAAUAUAUGAACAGACAUUGGCGCAAUGUCGAGACAAUAUUCGUCCUCAUUUUGGCCGUCUACCUCUUCCGAUGCAGCUAUCCGAAGGUAGCAUUGCCACCGGCCACUUUCGAACGAAGAGACAGAGCGGGUCGAAGGGUGCUGCUCGUGCUUAUGUCGUUGAUAUGGGGCAUGGAAAUAGGCUAUAAAUUUUCAUCCAGAACUGUGAUAUACUUGUUAAAUCCUUGUCAUGUUACUACUGCUAUACAGAUUUACUUGUUGGCAGCUACACCAAGCAAAGUGGUGACUGCGUUAUUUCGUUUUCAUUUAAACCUUUUGAAUGGGCCACUUUUAGCGUUUUUGUUUCCGGAGACAGACACAAGAAUUCUGCCGUUAGAAUCAGCGAUUUACUGGAUUCAACACGGGAUGAUGGUCGUUGUGCCUUAUUAUCUUCUACGCUUGGGAGGAGUAUACAACGUAGAACCAAUGGGUGAUAUUACCUGGAAUGUCCUCAGUUACAGUAUUAACGUAAUAUAUCAUUUCGCUAUCUUGCAAAUCGUUGCGAUACCGACUGAAGUGAACCUGAACCACAUGUUGUGUCCGGCCAUCUUAGACCCGUUCGAAGGUCAAUUGUACAGAGUAUGCGCAAUAGUCCACCAGGGACUGUUGUGCCCUCUGUUGUGUAAAAUAUUCUGCGCCGUGUCCGGCUUCUUCCUGACGAAAUGCUCGGUGACAAGGAUAAAAAAUUCGCUGUCCACCGACGUGAUAUUCGGCCUGAUACCGCAGACGAGGCGGCGCAGCUGCAAGAACGCCGUCAUAGAGAAUCGCGAGCAUAACGAUUAAAUAAUGAGCAAUAGUUGAUUGAUCAUGCUUCUUUGACUCAUAUAGAACUAAUAUCGUCCUAAAAACUAAUAAUAAUAAUAAUAAUAAUUUUAGUACAAAGUCUGUAAUAUCAAUAAUUAUAUGAAUUGUUGCUGAAUAAAUAUGCAACCAAUA